AUGGCUGGGUCAACAGUUGAACGACCAAUUCGGAUAUCUAUAGAUCGGGGCGGCACCUUCACGGACUGCGUAGCUUGCAUCACAGGCCGUGAAGAUAUCGUCAUCAAGAUCCUUUCCGUGGACCCGCGUAAUUAUCCAGAUGCCCCUACGGAAGCCAUCAGGCAAGUGCUGGAGAAGUUCUAUGGCGAGCCGAUCCCGCGAGGCGCCAAGCUAGAUCUCAAGGACGUAGAAUGGAUCCGCAUGGGCACGACAGUGGCUACAAAUGCCUUGCUGGAGCGUAAAGGCGAGAGGACAGCUUUUCUCGUCACACAUGGCUUCAAGGAUGUGCUGCAGAUCGGCAACCAGUCGCGGCCGUACAUGUUUGACCUUUCUAUCCGGCGGCCGGCUCCUCUGUACUCGGAUGUCUUCGAGGUGGACGAGCGGGUUGUCCUCCAGUCAUGUGCCGACUCAGUCCUUCGGACGAUGAAGCUCAAAUCUCCAGAGCCGCUGGAGACAGUCGUUGGCACUUCGGGCGAGACAGUCCAAGUAGUCCAGCACCUUGACGCCGGAAAGGUACGCGAGUACCUGAAGAGGAUAUAUGACGAUGGCUUCCGGUCCAUUGCCGUUUGUCUGAUGCACUCAUACAUCUUCCCACGCCACGAGCUCCAAAUCGGAGACAUUGCCCGCGAGGUCGGCUUCCAACACAUCACGCUUUCGCAUCAGGUCUCCCAGAGGCCAAAGCUGGUGCCGAGAGGCAAUUCUGUCGUGGUCGAUGCCUACCUGACUCCGACAAUCAAACAGUACCUUAGCCAGUUCUCGGCCAGCUUCCCCGGCCUUGAGCAGUCUGGCGCCCGGCUCGAGUUCAUGCAGUCAGACGGUGGCCUCGUGCCGGCCUCCACGUUGAGAGGUCUGCACUCGAUUCUCUCAGGGCCGGCUGGUGGUGUGGUGGGCUACUCUCAGACAUGCUACGACGAGGACGACAAGGUCCCCGCCAUUGGCUUUGACAUGGGCGGUACAAGCACAGAUGUGAGCCGCUACGACGGGAAACUGGACCACAUCUUCGAGACAACGACGGCAGGCAUCAGUAUUCAUGUCCCACAGCUCAAUGUAAACACCAUUGCAGCAGGUGGUGGCAGUAUUCUCGCCUGGCGAGAUAACCUCAUGUCUGUUGGGCCCGACAGCGCUUCAUCACACCCGGGACCUGCGUGUUAUAGGAAAGGCGGCCCUCUCACCGUCACCGAUGCAAACCUAGCCUUGGGAAGGCUGUUGCCCGAACACUUCCCAUCCAUCUUUGGGCCUAAUGAGGACGAGCCCCUGAAUCGUGAAAUUGUUGUUAAGAUGUUUGAGGAGUUGACUGAGACCAUAAACCGAGAUACCGGAAGGUCUCUAAGCUGGGUCGAAGUAGCUGAUGGUUUCCUCCAAGUUGCCAACUCCGCCAUGUGCGGUCCGAUUCGCAGCCUGACGGAAGCGCGUGGCCAUCAUACUGCUGAUCACCAGCUCGCUUCUUUUGGAGGUGCAGGAGGUCAGCAUGCUUGUGCCAUUGCAGAAGCCUUGGGCAUCCGCCGGGUCACCAUUCACAAGUACUCAUCCAUACUGUCAGCAUACGGCAUUGGCCUCGCAGACGUCGUGCACGAGGAGGAGAGGCCAUGUGCAAAGACAUAUGAUGCUGAAAACCUGCCUACGAUACUCAACGACCUCGAUAACCUAAGCGAAGAGUUGCAGGAGCACUCUUCAAUGCGGACCUUCAAUACCGUCGAUGCUCACCGGUUCGUCAACAUGCGUUACGACGGCAGCGAGACGGCUAUCAUGAUUGCCCUUGAAGAUGGUCUGGAUGCCAGGAAGGCAUUCAUCGAUGCUCAUCAUCAGCAGUUUGGAUUCACUCCCGUCAACCGCAAGCUCUUUGUAGAUACCAUUCGUGUAAGAGUAGUUGGCCGCCAGGUUUCUCCAAAUGCAUCCAAGACAGUACCGACAACAUCUGCCACGAAGGCAGUGGUAUCCUCUGGCGGUACUGUUACUGCACCAAAACCAUCUUCCGUCAAGUCGGUGUACUUCAGCUCUCUGGGAUGGGUCGAUACACCUGUGUAUCUGUUUGUCUCAAUAGCUGUUGGCAUUGUCAUUCGGGGCCCAGCCUUGGUAGUGGACAAAACUCAGACUCUGCUGGUAGGGCCCACCUCAACAGCUCGCAUCGAAGGUGACAAGCUGGUGAUGGACAUCAGCCCACCACAGGCACACAAUAUCAGCACUGCCGUCCUCGACCCAGUGGCCCUCUCCGUCUUCCGCCACCGCUUCAUGGGCGUGGCUGAGCAGAUGGGCCGUGUGCUGCAGAAUGUCAGCGUCAGUGCCAAUAUAAAGGAGCGUCUAGACUUCAGCUGCGCAAUAUUCACCCCAGAUGGCUCCCUGGUUGCAAAUGCACCACAUGUUCCGGCCAUGAUUGGCAGUAUGGCCUUUGCUGUCAAGUCCCAGAUCAAGAAUUGGGAGGGCAAGCUCAAGGACGGCGAUGUCAUCCUCUCUAACUCUCCCGCCUUUGGCGGUACACAUCUACCAGACCUGACCAUAGUCACACCCGUAUUCGAUGCGCAAGGCAAAGAAAUUAUCUUCUGGGCUGCGUCCCGCGGCCAUCAUGCCGAUGUCGGUGGCAUUCUCCCUGGGUCCAUGCCUCCAAACUCGAAGUUCUUGUGGGAGGAGGGCGCUGUGUUCGACUCUUUCCUGCUCGUGCGGGACGGCGUAUUCGCUGAGAAAGAGUUGGAACGCCUGCUGUGCGAGGAACCUGCCAAGAUGCCUGGGACCAGCGGAACCAGGUGUUUCCAAGACAAUGUGACCGAUCUGAAGGCACAGGUCGCUGCAAACCACACCGGUAUACGGCUGGUGCGUCAACUGAUUGAGGAGUACACCAUGGAUGUCGUUCAGAUGUAUAUGGGCGCCAUCCAGGACUCAGCCGAACUGGCCAUCCGCAAUCUGUUCAAGAAGCUGGCCGUGAAGACCCAGGGCUCCCCACUGUGCGCCAUCGACUACAUGGACGACGGGACGCCCAUCCAGCUCAAGGUGACCAUCGACGCGGCCGACGGCUCUGCACUCUUCGACUUCACGGGCACGGGGCCCGAAGUGUACGGCAACUGGAACGCGCCGGUGGCGAUCUGCAACUCGGCCGUCAUCUACGCGCUGCGGUGCAUGGUCGACUCGGACAUCCCGCUCAACCACGGCUGCAUCCGGCCCAUCACGCUCGUCAUCCCGGACCAGUCGCUGCUGCGGCCGAGCCACAAGGCCGCCGUGUGCGCCGGCAACGUGCUGACGUCGCAGCGCAUCGUGGAUGUCAUCUUCCGCGCCUUUGGCGCCUGCGCCGCCAGCCAGGGCUGCAUGAACAACUUCACCUUUGGUCUCGACGGCGAGGACGGCUUUGGCUACUACGAGACAAUAUCGGGUGGCAGCGGCGCAGGCCCCUCGUGGCAUGGCACCAGCGGAGUGCAUACCAACAUGACGAAUACGAGGAUCACUGAUCCGGAGUCCCUCGAGCGGCGAUAUCCCGUCGUGCUGCAUCGCUUCAGUCUCAGGACUGGAAGCGGUGGAGACGGGACGUUCCGCGGAGGCGAAGGCGUCAUCCGCGACGUCGGUUUCCGCAUUCCUAUGUCGGCAUCCAUCUUGUCUGAGCGGCGAAGCUUCGCGCCAUACGGCUUGGAAGGCGGCGGUGAUGGAGGCCGUGGCCGUAAUACCUGGGUCCAGAAAGCAGGCCGACGCAUCAAUAUCGGAGGCAAGAACUCAAUCCUUGUAGACGCCGGCGAUAGGUUGCUGAUCGAGACACCUGGAGGUGGUGGGUAUGGCGUGAAUCAGGGCACGAAGAAAGAAGAACAGCCCCAGGACAGGACCUCAUUCGUGCCCGUUGCUGGAGGCAGUAUAGAGGCGACGAGAGCUCUUGCGGAGCAGGUGUAG